CGUCGCGCCGGCAUGAAGCGAGGCAAAAACGUUGUUGUCGCGGCACUCGCGAGAGCCGUUUGCCUUAGACGUGCUGGCUUCCAUGCUCACUUCAUCUGCAUGUGAAGCCUUGGCGUGUUUGUUUGACGCUGUUAGCUCCACUUUGUGGUUGCGGUGCAACCAAACUUGCUUCACGUCUCUCGACAAGUCAUCAAAACCACCAACAAUUGCAUAAGGCGGCCUCGCGAUCGCAGUCAUGGCACAAGUGCGCCUCGCCAACGACAAGAUGGCGCAACCAACUACGGCGGACUUGCUCGACAUGGGCAACAACAAGAUUGCACACCCACAAACUGGCGGGGUUUCCAUGAAAGCACGAUCGAAAGUGUUCUCGCUCCCCGAGCUCGUCGAGAAGAUCCUCGAGUUUGUCGACACGAUGGACUUGUUCCGUCUCCAACGCGUCAACACCAGUUUCAAGGACACCAUUACCCGCUCGAAGGCGCUUCGCAAGUGCAUGUUCCUCGACUCGUGGGACACGACCGAGGACGAAGAACAGAACAAGGCGCUGAUCGAUUUCCUCAAGGCCGGCUUCCUCGACAAAGUGACGCAGCCUUUCCAAUACCGCGGACAAUGCAGGGGUACGUUCGAAGACUACAAGUCCUGGAAGAACCUUUACAUUUUCGCGGAGUGCUCCACGAAUGUGUACGAGGAUGAUGAAGUGGACGAUUCUACCAAAGGUAAGCAAAAACAGGCGACGCAGGCAGGCAAGCGGCAUGGCUCUUGGCGCAACAUGUCCAUUGUUGUUCAAGGUGGUAAGGUAGAGCUUGAGUUUCCUUCGAGGUACGAUCACUAUGACGGCGGCAUGGUCAGCAGAAUCGUGUGGUUCAAGGCCAGUGAGGACACGAAGCUUGGCGAACUUGCUGGCAAAUGCUUCGCAGUCAUGAAGGAGAACAAAGACAGAAGAUCGCAGAUUUUGACGGAUGGUGCAAUCAGUCGGCUGCUUGCUGAAAAGCAUCCGGAGUGGGUUCUGCAUAAGCGCGAUUGAGGCUCCCUCUUUCUUUAACCGGAC